UAUCCUAUGAAGCUGAAAUAAUUUAACUCGAAGUAGUUUAUUGUUUGAUCAGUUGCCGUUCUAACAAUUGAACAAUAUACAAUAGUAUUUCCAAGUCAAGGCACUUCGAUUUUUCAGACUCUGAUUGUGUGAUUGUGUACGUGCAAGUUAUCGGAACCCUCAAGAUCCAGRACGAGACGGCGAACAAAGGCCCUGCGCAGGCCUGCGCGAAGGUAGCAUUAGCGCAGUAAAAAGGGGCAGACUGGAGUGAACCUGGAGUAUCAGCCUAGCUCAGGCACCUUGGCAGAAUGUACCCCAUGGAUCCAGAGAGGCACAGUCAACAGAGGGAGUAUGGAGAACAGGAGACAUGCAGUCACCAGAGGGAGUAUGGCGCACCAGAAACAUGCAGUCAGCGGAGGGAGUAUGAAGAACCAGAGACAUGCAGUCAGAGGAGGGAGUAUGGAGAACCAGAGACAUGCAGUCAGUGGAGGGAGUAUGAAGAACCAGAGACAUGCAGUCAGCGGAGGGAGUACAGAGAACCAGAGACAUGCAGUCAGAGGAGGGAGUAUGAAGAACCAGAGAYAUGKAGWCAGMGGAGGGAGKACRGAGAACCAGAGACAUGCAGUCAGAGGAGGGAGUAUGAAGAACCAGAGAGGUACAGUCGGCGGAGGGAGUAUGAAGAACCAGAGACAUGCAGUCAGUGGAGGGAGUACAGAGAACCGAGCUCAGGGCAAUGGGACGAUGGCCUUGAGACGAGAGACAACGGCCAGGCUAUGGCCAGAGAGCCCUACAGUGAAUACUCCAGCAUGAGGAGGACUAGAGAAGGUUGGGAGGAGUAUGGUUCUUCCUCUGAUAUGAGCUUCACCAUGGACCCAUCGUCCAGAGACUGGAGCGAAGAUUCAUUGAGGGGUAGCGGUGCUCCCUUCUCCCCAGACACAGAUGGGGACGUUGAUGGAGAUCCUCUGGAGCUCAGUGGGGAGGACCUGGAGCUCCUUCGUAAGAGGAUGGAGCUGGAGAUCAUAGAGGAACAGAUUGCCCGCAAAAAAGCUGUUCUUGCUAUGGACUUGGUUGGACCUGAAUCAAAGGCCAUCCGUAAACAGAAGACGAAGGACAAGGACCUUGAAAUGUUAACAAAAAAUGUUUCCAAUAAGGAUGWUACUCUUAAAGAGAGGGUGAAUAGCAUUUUGAGAAAGCGGGCAUGGACCAAUGAAUGUCGCUCAAAGGAGGCUGCCAACCAGCAGGUCCCUCCCAAGCUUGUUCUCCAUCCGCCCAAAGUGGUCAAAAGCUUUGUGGAACGGAUGAACGAGUCCAUCCUGCACAAAGACAGCAUAGUGAAGGGCAGCCUUACCCUGGACAUCCAUGARGAGGAGCAUCCUCUGAAACUCAAAGUGGAGGCUUUAUUGGAGCAGCGACGUAAUCCCACGGUGAAGGAGGACAAAGCAGCCAAGGGCUUCCAGUACUUCCUCGAUGUCCUCAACAAAGGGGUGGACAUCGACAGGCUCUCAAAGAUUGUCAACAAUUUCAAGGAUUUACCCUCUAUGGGAGAGGAGCUACCACAAGGUCAGCCGCCUCCACUUGAUGGCCAGCCCGAGACCAACUCUAAGAGUGAGAGGAAGGUGCCCUCUCGCAAAAGGCGCUCCCGGUUUGAUGAGUUCCCGCUAGGUUGUUUCAAUAUACUCKGGGGUCAGCCCACACUACUCGGGGUUCAGCCCAAUCCGUUUGGGGAUCUGUUGCGUGAAGUGGUCCCAGCAGGUAGCGUUCUGCCACAGCACCGCAGUCUCUUACAAAGUGGAGGAGGAGAGAUUGGGCAACAUAGCCUUAGCUUGGGCUUCAUCCAGGCUAUGGAUAGCCCAAAAAACAAAAAGCCCAAGUCUACACAGGUGGAGGAGAAGAGGAAAGGAAGGUAUAAGUCCAAGUCUCCACCUGUUGAGGAGAGGAGGAAAGAGAGGCUUACGUCCAAGUCUCCAUCUGUUGAGGAGAAGAGGAAAGGGAGGCUUAAGUCCAAGUCUCCACCUGUUGGGGAGAGGAGGAAAGGGAGGCUUAAGUCCAAGUCUCCACCUGUUGAGGAGAAGAGGAAAGGGAGGCUUAAGUCCAAGUCUCCACCUGUUGGGGAGAGUAGGAAAGGGAGGCUUAAGUCCAAGUCUCCACCUGUUGAGGAGAAKAGGAAAGAGAGGCCUGAGGAUGAGCAGAAAUACGGACAAAUCCAGAGCCUGCUGCAGACUAUUGGGCCGGAUCUGGGGGUGGAGGAGUUGGGCCGACUGAACGACAGGAUCCAGGAGAGGCUGUAUGGGAAGAAGAGAGACCUGGAGCAAGAAGUGGGCAACGAAAGAAAUGCGUGUGGGGUUGAGAAAGAGGAGAGCAAGAAGGAACAAAGAGGAGAGCAAGAAGGACAAAGAGGAGAGCAAGAGAAGGACAAAGAGGAGAAGCAAGAAGGACAAGAGAGAGCAAGAGGACAAAAGGAGAGCGGAAGAAGGACAAAGAGGAGAGCAAGAAGGCAAAGAGAGAGCAAGAAGGGCAAAGAGGAGAGCAAAGAAGGGCAAAGAGGAGAGCAAGAAGGCAAAGAGGAGGAGCAAGAAGGAAAAGAGGAGAAUAGCUCAACUCCAGCCCCCCUUGCCAUCGGUGGACCGCGAGAAUACAACGCUCUAGCACCAGAGACCAGGACAACAGAGUAG